GUUGUAUGUGAUUCCAGCUGACUGACUGAGUGUUCUAAAGACUAAUAGACAUUUAAAUAUUCUACAACUCAUAAGUAAUUACUGAAACAAAAGUAAAAGUAGUCGUGUAUUUUUUCCCCAUUGUCCCUUGUACGACCUUAUCUUCAAUCAAAAUAUUGGACAGUUGCACAAACCAACACGCAUGGGAAACAGUCCAACGGUAGAGGUGUACCUCACGUCUGAUGACGUCGUAAGCGGUGACGUAGUGGGAUUCUUCUGUGGUCCUGGUAACCAAGGGCGCAUCAGAAGCAAGCCCGUGCCGAACCUUAAAGUACCCGGAUUCAAAAAGAAAGACAUUCUCGCAGACAAAGAUCUUGAAAAAUUCGGGGAGAUAGACGAGCAUGCGCUUCACACACCCUCAAAUGCGGCCUCGUCGGUCAAGAGUCUUGUGAACUACUUGGCGCCAAUGACAGCCAAUGAUGUAGAAAAGGUCAGGGCUAUCUACAGGUGGAUAACGGCAAACAUCAGCCAUGAAGCUUCACACUCCAUGGAUGACGAUAGCAUGACGUCAGAGCCAAGCACUGUUCUAGGAAGACGGUGCACACAUGCUGAUGGCUAUGCUACUCUGUUUGCGGCUAUGUGCAAGAGCGCUGGUGUUCCGGUGGUCACUUUGUCAGGGUUCGCAAAACGCUUCGACUACGACCCUGAAAUCCCCUUCACAUCACGUGACAAACCCAACCAUUCUUGGAAUGCGGUUUUCGUGGAGGAAGACUGGCGGUUUGUGGACUGCUGUUGGGGAGCAGGGCGGGAAGACGAAGCAGGCCGAUGGACUCCGAAGUUUGAGGAAUUCUGGUUCUUAACGGAUCCUGAUAAGUUCAUCAACGAUCACUACCCAUGCAUGAGUACCGACACCAAAAUCAUCACCAACUGGCAGUUGAUGAAACAACCCAUCUCUCUGGAUGAAUUCAACAAGACUGUAAGGCUGGAAGAAGUUUGUAAAGAAUGGGGGAUUGAAUUAUCUUAUACGGAACCGAUCCUCAUCUUCAGGAAAGAGAUCCACAUCACGUUGGCUGCUAGCGUACUUUUGCGCAACGUAAUUGCUACCUUGGAGACGGUGGACAGAGUGAGCAUGGAUGAGUACACGGUGGUGUAUCGAUUCGACACCCUGACCUUUAGCAUACAGUGCAGACCACCGUCUCCCGGAACUUACGUCUUAAAGAUAUUUGGUAAACGUGACGGAGUACAGUCAGAGCGCCCAAAACUUUUGCUACGGUACAACUUGAAAUGUACAGACUGCAAUAACUAUGUCAAAUCACUUCCUUACGUCUACACGCAUGCGCAAACCUACCAGUGCACCCUACACGAACCAAAUUCUCGUGAACUUCCCUCCAAAUCGGAAGUUCGGAUUCGGUUGUCGUCAUCCCACCUUCGACAGGUCAAUGUAGAGGACAUUCCACUGGAGUGUGGCGAAAACGGGACCUGGGAGGGGGUCGUAAUGACCCCACAGGCCGGCGAGACCAUCGUCAUCUUCGGCAGUACUUCUGAUGAAUUGCAAGGAAGAUUUAACUCGCUCUACAAAUUCUUUAUAGUUUAAAAGAGCUCUAUGUGAUUGGAGUCAUUUUUAAACUAUUUAUUAACAUGGAUUAACCUCCCAAAAAAGAGCACUUUAUAAAACGAAAGAAAAUAUUAAAAUUAGAUAUCAGAU